AUGGCAGCGACCAUGAACGACCGACUGCAAAUGCUUUCGGACCAACAGCUCCUCUACAACUUUUCCUCGAACCCGAUGCACUCGUGGACUCCGGGGAGUGUCUGCAACGCAAACGCUGCGACCUGGCCUGUCCUCUCUACCGUUGGGGCAACGGUGGCGCAGCUCAAUCUCGGGCCAUGCGCGAUGCUCGCACCGCAUUUGCAUCGAGCCACCAAUCUUGUUGUUGCAGUGAGUGGAACAACCCACACGUACAUGGUGCAAGAGAAUGGAGCACGAAUGGUGGAGCAAAUUUUGACCCCGGGGAUGAUGACUAUCUUCCCCCAAGCCAGCGUACAUUCUAUGUACAAUAUGGGCUGUGGAAACAAUCAACUCUACUCAUUCCUCAACGAUAACGACCCAGGAACACUGAACAUCGCUCAGGCGUUCUUCAUGAUGCCAAAAGACAUUGGUACCCAAGUUAUGCCAUUCAUCAACCUCACCAACGGGAACUGGUCCGCCACUGGUCAGCAUAUACCGGCGAUCGGGACGGGCAGCCAGGAUGGAUUCGAAGCAUGUAGGCAACGAUGCGGGCUUACAACGAGGGCAUAUCCCGGAGAGCAUCUGGUGGUGAUUUAA